CCCCUGAUAACGAUUGCUCGUUUUUCUAUGUUGACUCAGUGCUGGAAACUAUAGAGCGGCAGUGUUCUUCUUCUCGAUAUUGGUCAUCGAUCGGGUUAAUGUGACAGGAAUCCUGAAGAACGUUUGUUACUGGUGGUUUCACUCGAAUAAGUAGUCAAUUAUCUGAUAACACGAAUAUGGGGUCCCUUCCUCAAUUCUCGAUUUUGAAAGGACCUACCAGGAAAUUCAACCCUGAAUUCAUCAAUGACAUAAUUGAAAGCAGGGUUGGAGAUUCGAAUACAGCUGAUAAAAUAGCAUUGAUAUUCGAAGAUGGUGAUGGAAACACAUCAAAACACACCUAUGCAGAACUCAACAUCAUCACCAACAAGUUGGCCAGGGUCAUCAAGAACACGAUCAUACAAGAAAAACUGCAGAGAAACCUUGAUGGCGACUACUUGGUAGCUGUCAAUCUGUUACCAACCGAUCGGUUAGUGUUGGUACUGCUGGCCAUUUGGAAGGCAGGAGCUGCAUAUCUGCCAUUGGAUCAUGCUUUCCCUGGUGCCAGAAUUGAACACAUAAUGAGAGAGGCCAAGCCUGCCCUGGUCAUUUUUGAUGAAGAUUCUGAUUUCUACGUCGAUGCCUUCAAACUAUCGAUAGACGAGCUUUGGUCAAAAUCUAGCAAAGAAUCUGAGAUGGGAAUAAAGAAAAACGAACGUCUGAAGCAUCAAAGUGGAGACUUGGCUAUAGCUCUGUACACAUCGGGAAGUACAGGAGUACCCAAAGGGGUGAAAUUGCCUCACAAGGUGAUACUAAAUCGUCUAAAUUGGCAGUUCAAGGCAUUCCCUUUCAGUGAAACUGAAAAGGUCUGCGUUUUCAAGACAGCCUUAACUUUCGUCGACAGUAUUUCCGAAAUCUGGGGUCCCCUAAUGAGAGGUCUAUCUUUGCUGGUCAUACCCAAAGAGGUCACCAAAGAUCCAGAAAGACUCAUUGAAGCCUUGGAGAAGUACAAGGUAGAAAGAUUGGUUCUAGUGCCAUCCCUGUUGAGAUCCAUCCUGAUGUUCGUUGAAAUAAAGAAACAAGAUGGAAUCCUGUCCAAUCUGAAGACCUGGGUUUGCUCUGGUGAGACCUUGGUCAAGGGUGCAGCCUUGGACUUCUACAAGUAUUUCCCGGAGAACGAACAUCGCCUAUGCAACUUCUAUGGCAGUACCGAAAUCAUGGGUGACGUCACCUAUUACGUCAUCAAGGGAUUGGAUCAGAUGAAAUCUUUCGAGAAGGUUCCUAUAGGUAAUCCUGUCGACAACACCAUCGUCUAUCUCUUGGACUCUGAGUUUCGACCAGUAAAAGCGGGAGAGAUCGGUGAACUGUACGUUUCAGGCCUCAACCUGGCCUCCGGAUACAUAAACGGCAGAGAUCCUGACAAAUUCAUCGAAAACCCCUUGGCUAUCGAUCCCACCUACGGUAAAUUGUACAGAACUGGAGAUUUUGCACGAUUGGAGAAAGGUACUCUGAUGUACGAGGGUAGGACGGACUCUCAGGUCAAGAUAAGAGGUCACCGUGUGGAUCUGACGGAGGUAGAAAAAGCGGUGUCUUCCAUUGAAGAAGUGGACAAGGCAGUGGUCCUCUGCUACAAGCCUGGAGAGAUGAGCCAGGCUCUUUUGGCCUUCGUUACUACAAAGCAACUGGUGAGCGAGAGUUGGAUCGAGGCAUACCUGAGGAAGAAGCUGACGGCCUACAUGAUACCGCAGGUGAUACUGGUAGAGACUAUACCGCUCCUGGUCAAUGGAAAGAUCGACAGGCAGGGUCUGCUCAAGAUGUACGAGAACACGAACAAUAACGACGACUACCAGUAUCAAGUGGACAUAGACUACACGGGCGUUCCCUCCAAUCAGAUGGAGGCUGCCAAGGUGCUCUUCGAAACAGUGGCUUCCGUGUUGAAUAGGGCUGCCAGGGCUGUCAUCAAAUCGGACGCAAAUUUCUAUAAUUUGGGUGGAAACUCCCUGAAUUCGAUCUACACUAUCACCAAGCUGAACGAGCAGGGCUACAGAAUCGGUAUUAGCGAUUUCAUAGCAGCUCUGGACCUCGGGGAGAUCUUGGAGAGGAUGACAGCUGGCACCGUGGUCGAUAUACGCCCCCCUCAGUUCACAGCACAGGCCUGCCGUCUCGCCGACAAGGAGAUAGUCACUUCGAUGAUAACGGAAAGUUUCUACAGAAAGGCGGAUUUGGAACAGUGGAUCCUAUCGGAAAUUUCAGAAAACGAUUACAGAGUGUACUUGGACGACAUGUGGGACCCGUUGGUGGAGAAAGGACUCAGCUUCAUCGUGAAAAACGAGUAUCAGAAAGUUGUUGGCGCCUGCAUCAACUUUGAUCUAGUGGACGAACCUGAAGUGGACAUCAGUUCAGGACUGCUCAAGAUCUUCGAGUUUUUGGAUUUCGUAGAAGGACCCUUCAGGCAAUCCAAGCUGCCCAAAGAAAAAAACAAAACUCUACACUGUCACAUGAUGGGUACCCAUAGUUCCUUAACAUCGAGGGAAAACAUAUUGGUCAUCCAGUUCAUGGAAGAAGAAGUAUACAAACUUGCCAAAAACAAAGGAUUCGAAGGAAUACUUACCGUUAAUACUAGUCCCUUAACACAGCAAUUGGGCAGAGACGUAUUCAAGUACGAAGUUCUGCAAGAUUACCAGGUGAAUCAAUAUGUAGCUCCAGACAACACAAAACCAUUUGGUCUUGCUCCAGACUCCCAAAGGGCUCUGAUUCAAUGGAAAGCUGUAGUUUAAGAUAUUCAUCUUGCCUUUAUUUUCAUUCCUAUUUAUUUCAUUUUAAGAUCUUAUUCAGUAGGUCAAUUAUUGUAUAUAGACGUUCUUUUUUAUGAACAUUCAAUGAUGUAUAGUUCUGUAUGUAUUUGUAGUAAGUUAUACUUGUAGAUAAGUUUAUCAAUAAAGAAAUAAUUGAAA